ACCAUCGUCAGGGCCAACAACUCUGAGCUGAGCUUCCUGCUGCUCUUUUCCUUGGCUCUGUGUUUUCUGUGUUCUCUUACUUUCAUUGGCCGGCCCUCUGAAUGGUCCUGUAUCCUGCGCCAUGCAACAUUUGGGAUCACCUUCGUCCUCUGCAUCUCUUGUGUUCUGGGGAAAACAUUAGUGGUGUUGAUGGCCUUCAGGGCUACGCUUCCAGCCAGUAAUGUUAUGAAAUGGUUUGGUCCUCCACAGCAGAGAUUAACUGUAGUGUCCUUCACGUUUGUCCAGGCUUUGAUAUGCACUCUGUGGUUGGUCCUGUCCACUCCCUUCCCCAUUAAAAAACUCACUACCUACAAGGAAAAGAUCAUUCUAGAGUGUGAUGUGGGUUCAGCUAUUGGUUUCCGGGUUGUGAUGGGCUAUAUAGGACUCCUGGCUCUCUUGUGCUUUGUGCUGGCUUUUCUGGCUAGGAAGCUACCUGAUAACUUCAAUGAGGCCAAAUUCAUCACCUUCAGCAUGCUCAUAUUCUGUGCAGUUUGGAUCACCUUUAUCCCAGCUUAUGUCAGCUCUCCUGGGAAGUUCACUGUAGCUGUGGAGAUCUUUGCCAUCAUCACCUCUAGCUUUGGGUUGUUCUUUCUAUUAUUUGUUCCUAAAUGCUUUAUUAUUCUGUUCAGGCCGGAGAAGAACACCAAGAAACACCUUAUGGAGAAGACAUCCAAUGAUAUACGUUAUUAAGAAAUGAU